AGAGCUCUACCCAAAUGAAUAGAAAAAACUCACAGUCGGAACUAUGGUCCUUAAUUAAUACGUGCUUUCUAACAAUCUACGCUCUCUGUUGAGUUCUGACCAAAUUUAUGCCAGAUUAAUAUUAAAAACCGUUUCUAAUAGUAAGAAACCAGAGAAAGAAUAAUAAUGGCGGAAGAAGAGGAGGCUGAUCUGGAGCAGCAGCUGGAAGCUCAGCUGGUAGAGCAGACAGACUCUCUCGCUGGCGUGGACGAAGCCCUAGUGGAAGACCCCGCCAAUUCUGAGCUUUUGAUGGUGCGAGAGGAGCUUGUUGUUGCUCUCAAGGCUGCAGAGGAAGGCCUUUUACACUUGAAGCGUGCACGACUCCUUAGAGAAGUUGACAAUAUGAGGGAUACGGGAACAACUGGCUCCAUGUUGGAGUCUGAAGACGCCAGAGUUGAGCCAUCAGAACCAGUGGACGAAGCAGAGCCUGUAGAUAUGUUUCCACUUGCAGUUGGCUCCAAAUGUCGAUUUCGGUACAUAGAUGGCCGGUGGUAUAAUGGUAGAGUGUUUGAAAUGGAACAUGACAAGUUGGCUAGGGUUUCAUUCUUGACUCCGACAUCUGAGAGCAUGCAGAUUUGCAAAUUCUAUCUGCAGCAGCGUUGCCGGUUUGGUAGUAACUGCCGCAUGUCACAUGGUAUUAGUGUGCCAGUUGAGGCAUUGAAGCAGUAUAUUCCAACAAUAUGGCAACAAUCAUUAGCUGGGUCAAGUAUUCUUGCAACCUCUGACCAAGAUAAUGGAAUUUGGAGGCAUGCCGAGCUUGAAUCUUGGGAUGAAAAACUUCAGCAUGGCUGCGUUGUAUUUAUGGACGAUGGAAGCCAGCUAGCGCUUGGGAUUGAGGCAUUGUCAUUAUCAGAGUAUGCGGAAGUAAGUGAUGCUGACAAUGCCAGUGGUAAUGAAUCUGCAAGUAGUGAUGAUGAGGAGGAACUUGAAGAUUCUGAUUCAAGUUCACAUGCAGUAAGUUUUAAUAACCUGAAUGCACUAGGAACAGGACAACAUAGUCAAACAGUAACAUUUGCAAAAUGGGAGCAGCACACUCGAGGAAUUGCUUCAAAGAUGAUGGCUAAUAUGGGUUAUCGUGAAGGAAUGGGACUGGGUAAAUCAGGACAGGGAAUUGUUGAUCCUGUUCAAGUAAAAGUACUACCUUCAAAACAGUCUCUUGAUUAUAUUGGAGAUUCUCUACAUGGGAAAGAUGAAGCCAAAACUGUUAAGAAAAAGAGCAGAGGGGGUAAAAGAAAGCGUGACAAAAAGUUUGCUGCAGCUGUUCGUGCUGCUAAAGAGGAGGAAGAGAGGCAGCCUGACGUAUUUGGAUUUAUAAACAAUCAACUUGCUAUGCAAAGAGAAGCGGAACAGAGUCUUGAAGGGAAUAAACGGUUUGACAGGGGGGAAUAUAAAGGUCAAGUUCUGGCGAAGGAAAAGAUCUCAAGUGAAAGUCGACGCUCCCUUAUUGCACAUGAGGAUGAAGUAAAGGAGUUGAGGAAAAAGAUUGAAAAAUUGGAGGAAAUGGCUCAGCGUAACCGCAAAGAAAAGAUUGUUUAUGCCGCUGUUUGUCGUAAAUUGGACGAGGCACACAAAGCCCUGAAAGAAGCUGAAACAGCUCAUGUAUCUGCUACUAAUGCUGUGCACAGCAAAGAAAGAGAGAAGAAAUGGUUGAAGUUCUAAUAAUUUAAUUAUGCGGUAAUAAUUUAAUUAUGCAGCCUUGUCUUGUAAUGUAAGUUCGUGUAGGAUGUUGAGGCAGCUCAUACACAACUACUAUUGGUGAAAGGGUAUUUAAACUUUGCAAGGGAUUUAUUUUGGAUGUUGCCAUAUUUUUGAAUGUUAAACAGGCAAGCAACACUUCAUCAGAUUGAAUGUUAUUGCCACAUGCGAGGAAAUAGUAUACCUUGUAGCAAUAGAGGUUCUCUGUAGAUUGCUAUUUGAUAUAAUAUUACUCAAUUCAUUUUUGUGUUCCUGAA